AACAACUAAGCAGAGAUUAGGAUCCUCCCUAAUCCUCUUCCAAUAAAUAUCCCUAACAUGCCAUAUUUUUCUCUUCAUCACUGCACUAAAACAUGGCAGUUUGGCGACAAAAGCAAUUUCUCUCUGUUCUUCUGAUAUUCUUUUGCUUAGCACUUCGUGUUUCUUCUCAUGACAGACAUUAUACAGCUCCGAGUGUCACUCCUUUAACUGAUUCUUUUCCACAUGUUCAAGUUGAUCGUGGGUUUUCUAAAUCUUUUGGUGCCUCAAAUAUUCAGUUUCUGAGCAAUGGGUCCAUGGCCACUCUGGCUCUGGACAAAACUUCAGGCUCUGGUUUGGUCUCGCGAAGCAGAUACUACUAUGGAUUCUUCAGUGCUGCAAUCAAGUUACCUACUGGUCUGUCAUCUGGAGUUGUUGUAGCCUUCUAUCUGUCUAAUGCAGAUGCAUUCCCUCACAACCACGAUGAGAUAGAUAUUGAGCUGCUUGGUCAUGAUAAGAGAAACGAUUGGAUCGUUCAGACAAAUAUAUAUGCCAAUGGAAGUGUCAGCACAGGAAGAGAAGAGAAGUUCUAUCUCUGGUUUGACCCAACAGAGCAGCAUCACCAUUACAGCAUCCUUUGGAACAACUAUCACACAGUGUUCUUAGUGGACAACAUACCAGUGAGGGAGUUCACACACAGUAAUAAAUAUCCUUCUAUUUACCCAUCAAAGCCAAUGUCCGUACAUGCCACAAUAUGGGAUGGUUCAGAAUGGGCCACUCACGGAGGAAAGUACCCAGUUAAUUAUAAGUAUGCACCAUUUGUUGUUUCAUUCACUAACAUGGAACUCAGCGGCUGCAUAUCCAAUCCCACAGAAUUGGCCACAGUGUCUUCUUGUGUGAAGGCCAUUUCUUCAAGCUUAUUAGACCCAGUUAAUGGACCAGAGUUCAUAAAGCUGUCUCAGCAGCAGAUAGAAGCCAUGGACUGGGCAAGAAGGAAAUUGAUGUUUUACUCAUACUGUAAUGACAGACCCAGGUUCAAAGUUCUACCACCAGAAUGUCACUAAGGUGUACAAGCUAUUUUGAUAUGUUUGCUUUUUUCUUUUCUGUUAUUUUUUCCUCCCUCUACAAUGGGGAGGCAUAAUGAUUGUAAGUUCUAUUCUUUGGAUCAAGCAUGAGUAUGAAACCAGUACUACAAUAAAAAGUUUAAAAGAAAGUAUUUUUAUUCAUGUAUCUGCUAUAGUUCAUCAGUAUAAUGUGGAUGCUAAGUGUUUAGCAUUCAAUGGCCUACACGUUUAUGAUGAAAAAUGCUGUGUUAUGAAUGAAAGCGUCCCAUUGAAGCAUA